AUGCAAGAAGACCAACUCGCUGGCCCACGCAUCUUCCCACAACCGAUAGAGCUGCUGGUAAAUCCGGUUUUUGAGAAUAAGGCUGUCACUACAAUGUGGCCUGUCUCGUGGAGUCCGCUUAACGUGUUAACGUGGGCAUGGCAUCCCGCCUUGGCACGUUGCGUGUUGCGCACUCCCCGAGUACUUUUCCGAGUACUCCAUCACCGGCUGGUAUUCAAGCCGCACCAACCUCGGAAAGCUUUAUGUUAUGAGCCAAGCCGGCUUCCUCCUUUCAAUUCCGUUGUCCGACUACAUGUGCCCUGUGUUCUACAGCCCAGGCCGUUCCGCCAUUGCCGUUUUUGGAACCAUAAUGAAAUCAGCCCAGGUCAUUCGCGAAUUGGUCCACCACACACCAGUCGCACUGACCAAUUCCUUUCACGUUUCCUGUUUGUCCCGUUCUUGUGUUUUCUCCCGUUCCCAUCCACUGCAAACGUCAUUCGUCCUCGCCGAGGGUGUAAUGCGCUAAUGGCCUGUUGGUUAUUCUUCUCCCGUACGAAGUUGGUACCACAUGGUCCUCAGCGUUUUACUUUGCUAUGUGAUGAGAAAUCCCAGACAGUCGGGGAGACGCCGCACGGAGAGGGUAGAGAUGGUUUAACACCAGAACACAACGUUGUUGAGCAAAGUGAUGACACUUAUCUGAUUGUUUGCUCGAUGAGGGCUGUAUUUUACGGAGCGUAA